AUGCUGCGCAGAUGUCCAUUGGCCGUGUCACGAGCACAAUGUAGGCGCCAUUAUUCCGCCCCCAUCAACCAGCCUCGACCAGUACGCGAAUUGCCCGAUGCCUCGCUCGAGACGUUUCAACAUCUUGCCUUCGAACCCGCCAUACCUGCUCUAUUCCCUCGCAAGCAAUUUUGUAGCCUCCCCGCCGUGAGCAAGUGGUUUCUGAGAAGCUCCAAGCACGGCCAUGUCGUCCUCGAUACCACAUAUCUGUCCAGAUUCGGCGAUGCGGUUGUACCGCUGGAGAUCUCGAAUGAUGACGGCCAGUUUGCCAGAGUAGAGCAGUCUCUGAGCUUCUUUCUCGACAUCCCGAACUUUACGAAGCCAACCGCCCGCGUCUAUCUUGCGCAGGCCUCACUUGACGACUUUCCUAGAGCUUUAGCUGACGAUGUCCCUACGCCCGAGGCUGUUCUACGUGCUGGCAAGGGAGACGUCUACGGCGCUUCUCUCUGGAUCGGCCAGGCCCCGACUUACACACCUCUGCAUCGCGAUCCAAACCCCAACGUAUUUGUACAGCUCGCUGGAAGGAAAGCAGUGAGGAUAUUCGAGCCACAUGUUGGGCGCGGCAUAUUUGCCAAAGUGCAAGAGCAAAUCGGCGCGACCGCCUCCCCAACGAUGCGCGGCGAAGAGAUGAUGCAGGGCGAAGAGAAGGAGGCUUUGGACAGAGAAGUUUGGGAAUCUGCUGCACAUAUAGGUGACUGUUACGAAGCUGAGCUCGAUAGUGGCGAUGGCCUCUUUAUCCCCAAAGGAUACUGGCACAGCGUGAAAGGUGUUGGCGAGGGCAUGAUAGGAUCCGUCAACUGGUGGUUCAGGUAGUGUUCAAGAGUACCUAGGUAUCGAGAGAUACCCAAGACAGCCCGCUUUUGCGUUGCAGAGAGGUACGCGCAAACGUGCAACUUGAGGUCAUAGUGGUUGCAUCUUCCCGACGUACACUGGUGCCGCUCUAGGUACGUCUCGGGCUGAGCGACCUGUUGAUUGCGCCAUUGCGUUGCGCAACAGGAUCGAUCACGAAUUCUGCAAAAGCACUUGCAUCGAAGGAUGAUGGAUGACCCGGUGUGCAUGCACAUACAGUCGCACGUACGAGUACCUACCUGUUUCUCGCAGCCCACUCAGCAGACUUUGCAGCUUCGUCCUGUAAUCUCGCAUCGAAGGAUCUCUGUGGACGUUGAGUGGCCGCUGCUGAACUCAUGCCCUCGUGCGCAGAAGGCGACACCGUAUCUGAUGAUGCUCCGGUGUGCUCGCUCCCUGCAACAUUAGGCGUUCAGCCCGCUUGGCAAAAACGCCAGCACAACUCGCACAAGGCUGCCGAUCGAAGUAGCACUGCACGCGACGUAGCAAAGCAAGGCCGACACCCGUCAAAUAGGUCUGAAACCGAUACAGAUCUCCAGCAGCGUUUGGGCAUUUGAAGGCCUACAUAACCAAGCUGGUAUUGCGCCGAAAUUCAAGACUCCCAAAUGCUUCUGCCAGAUCAGCGAACCGUCUGUGAGCCGGAUCAUUAAUGGAGGCUUGCGUUCUGAGAGAGAGCGAGCUGACAAGGCAGCUUACUCCUUCCUUUCGGCACAAAUUCUUCUGGACAGUACCAUGCCAGCCAUGUGUUGUACGGUACUUAAAUACUUUCACUAGGUCUUGAAAUAUUCGUGGCUCAGGCGAUCUGCACUCGUACGUGAGGUCAGUAGUAAGCUCACUGAACAUUUCAUUGACUGUCCGCGUCCAUUUUGUUUUUCUCCCUACACUCUUGUUCAGGCACAACAGCUUCCUGCAUACCACCAACGAUUCAGGCCUGAUGAGUGAAACACCUGUCAUGUCCUGUCCUAGCGGCGGAACAUUCUAUGCUUGUGGUGAUGGUAGCAAAUUCAC